AACGCUUCUUUAAACAGCAGCUACAGGUUGUCAGCCACCUCGGUAGCUUGCUAUACAAAACAGCCGAACCAAUAAAGCUCUUUAGACGCUUUAGUGUAUAUUAGCCACGGUGUUUUAAACCCACUUCUGUCCUAGUUAGUUAUCCGAUUUAAUUUCAUAUUUACGGUGUUGUAGUUAUUAGUCAGCUAGCAGGCUGGUUAAGUUAGCAUUAGCCUAGCUAGCUAACAUCCCCGACCAUGCGGUCACUAAGCUACUCUCCUAAAGAAGAGGUGGGUAUCACAGUAAAACAAGAAGUAGAGGGUGAGGCCGUUACUGUGAAAGAAGAGGAAGAAACGUUCAGAGUGAAAGAGGAGGAUGUUACAGUAAAAAAAGAGGAUGAAGCAUUUUGUGGAUUGAAAGAGGAGAAGGGGGAGAUGACUGUCACAUCCACAAAGGCAGAGCAAGAAGAGAUGAAACCUGGAUAUCUGGGCCCGGUUUCCCAAACGCAUCUUAAGGUGUCCGAUGGUUCUAACGGUGAAUUUAGCCAAAAGAUGGUAUUGAGAAACCGUUCCAUAAUUAACACUAGAGAGAGACGGGACUAUCGUGGAUCCUCUGGGGAGCCUCAACAACCUCAUGAUGCUGACGAGGCAGAGAAAAGUAUCUCCAGAUCAGAACACCUCAAGAAACACCCGCAGAGACCCUCAUGGAAGAGAACUCACUGCUGCUCUGACUGUGGGAAACGUUUCAAAUUUUCAUAUGAACUUAAAAUACACCAGAGAACACACACAGGAGAGAAACCGUAUAGCUGUACUCAAUGUGGGAAUAGUUUUUCUCAGUCAACCACCCUGAUAGCACACCAGAGAACACACACAGGAGAGAAACCUUAUAGCUGUGCUCAAUGUGGGAAGAGUUUUACGACAUCUAGCAACUGGUAUAGACACCAGAGAACACACACCGGAGAGAAAUCUUAUAGCUGUACUGAAUGUGGGAAGAGUUUUACGACAUCUAGCAACUGGUAUAGACACCAGAGAACACACACCGGAGAGAAAUCUUAUAGCUGUAUUCAAUGUGGGAAGAGUUUUGCUACAUCUUGCAAGCUGACUAUACACCAGAGAACACACACAGGGGAGAAAUCGUGUAGCUGUACUCAAUGUGGGAAGAAGUUUUCUCAGUCAACCAGCCUGAUAUCACACCAGAGAACACACACAGGAGAAAAAUCUUAUAGCUGUGCUCAAUGUGGGAAGCGUUUUGUUACAUCUAGCAGUCUGACUAAACACCAGAGAACACACACAGGAGAGAAAUCUUAUAGCUGUACUGAAUGUGGGAAGAGUUUUACUCAGUCAACCAGCCUUAUAUCACACCAGAGAAAACACACACAGGAGAGAAAUCUCAUAGCAUUGCUCAAUGUGGGAAGAGUUUUGUUACGUCUAGCAAGCGGACUACACAACAUAUAACACACACAUAAGAGAAUUCUCAGCUCUGAUCAGUGUUUGUCCUUGAUAAAAUACCUCUGAUCAAACAUCAGAAAAUACAUGACGGGGUUGGUUCAUGAUAUCAAUGAAUUAAUGUCACAAUGUAGAAUGUUUCAACAUUGUAGUAGGAGUAUUUUAGUCAUGUCACGAUGUCGAACCCUAAACGUUUGCCCCUUUUCUAUUGAUUUGAACUUGAUAGGGAUGUUAGCUUCACGGAAAAUUCAGGCUCUGAAUUGAAAGAGUACUAUUUAUGUGAUUUAAUAAAAAUUGACGAGUUGUGUUACACUUACCACGUUGGUGACCCACUUGAGUAAAAAAUGUGACACUUCAAAAUGUAGCUAGCCGUUUUCUACAAAUUGUCCUCUAACCAGGGAUGUACACAUUACUCCCAGAUUCUGUGUGGUUUUUGAGCUGUUAGUUUUAACAGGACGUGCAACCUCAUCUCCCUCCUGUCGCACACUUGAUUUCAACAUGAUAUCGAGGAGUUAUGACAAAUAAGUGUUGUGUUCCUUUUUUUAGUGACCCCUACAUUUAAAUACAUCACUCCAAAAUGUAGCUGACUGUCUUCUGCAGGUUGUCCUAUAAUCAGUGAGGUAAAAGAUAUCUCCCAUUUCCAUGUGUUUUUUUUAGUUGUGUUAGUUUCAACAGCACGAGCAACCUGAUUUCCCCCCUAAUUGAUAUCAGUGAUUUAUUGCUACUUGUCAAAACAACAGCGUUUCUGGUGCUUGUGCAGUUUAUAAGGAGUUUGUUUAAAAAAAUACAAGUAAUAUAAUUAUUGUGGCAGAUGUUUGUGUAUAUAGCCCAUUUUAUGUUUAGGUUUUCAAUUUAUCACAAACUGUUUCUGCAUAUUGGUUAUUGAUUUAGACAAGUUAACUGUGUUUUGACAUUGGGGCUAUCCCACUUAGCAAAAUGUAAUUGAAAAGACGUUGAAAAUAAGACUAUGCAACCAAAUAUUUCAUAUUCACAAUUCAUGUAACAUUUAGUAAUCAUAAUUAUUUAUGUAACCAACUGACAUUUUUUGGGGCUACAAUUCUAUUG